AUGGACACCUGCGACAACUCCAAUGGCUUCGAUGGUCGCAUGGGACUUCGCAUAUCCUCCAUUUUCGUCAUCUUGAUAGGCUCUCUCUUCGGCGCUGUUUUUCCAGUACUUGCCAAACGACUUGGCGGAAAUGGCAUCCCGUCAUGGGCUUUCUUCAUCGCCAAAUAUUUUGGGUCAGGGGUCAUCAUUGCCACAGCUUUUAUUCAUUUGCUGGGCCCUGCUGAACAGGCGUUGACGAAUCCGUGUCUUACGGGCCCUAUCACGGAGUAUAGUUGGGUUGAGGGGAUUGUGUUGAUGACCAUUGUGGUCAUGUUUUUUGUGGAGUUGAUGGUGAUGCGGAAUUCUUUUCCGGAUGGGCACGGACAUGGGCAUUCGCAUGAUGAGGAUCAUGAGGAUGAACUGCAAUCCCAUUCACAUUCACACUCAACUUUGCCCACCCCGGACGUGGAUGCGAUAACGACUGGAAUGCCAAUCGACACCACGUCAAAAGAACAUGAACAUAUCCCCGGAAACGAUCAUCUCAGUCAUAGCCGGGAUCACCGCGACCUCGAAUCCGAUAAAUCUCCUCUCAUUUCUGCCGAGGACUAUGCAGCUCAAAUCACGGCUGUCUUUAUUCUAGAAUUCGGCAUUAUUUUCCAUUCCGUUUUUAUCGGGUUGACGCUUGCCGUCUCAGGCCAGGACUUUGUAACACUCUACGUCGUCCUCGUCUUCCAUCAAACCUUCGAAGGCCUAGGUCUAGGCUCGCGAUUAGCGACACUCCCAUGGCCAGACUCAAAGCGCUUUACACCAUACCUCUUAGGAAUAGGAUACGCAAUCUCCACCCCCAUUGCAAUCGCAAUCGGGCUCGGCGUACGAAACACAUACCCGCCCGACGGCCGCACAACGCUGAUUGUCAACGGCGUUUUUGACUCCAUCUCCGCCGGAGUUCUAAUCUAUACCGCUCUCGUUGAGCUCAUGGCACAUGAGUUCAUGUUCAGUUCAUCCAUGCGCAGGGCGCCGCUGAGCACUUUCGCGGCUGGCUUUGCCCUAAUUUCCGACGGAUACCAGAACAACCUCAUGACAAUGGCCAACGUCCUCCUUAAAAAGGAAUAUCCAGAUCAAUACACUUCAUCCGUCAGUACGCGAGUAUCCAAUGCCCUUUUGGUGGGUGAGAUUAUCGGCAUGCUCGUAAUUGGACUAACAUGUGAUUAUCUCGGUCGCAAAUGGGCCAUCGUCAUAACCACGAUCAUGAUUGUGGUCGGCGGUAUACUCGCCACGGCAUCGAAUGGGCAUACCAUCGCCGGCAUGUUUUGGAUGAUGACUGUUGCGCGUGGAACAAUUGGCUUUGGCACCGGCGGCGAAUACCCAGCAUCCUCCGUCUCCGCCUCCGAAGCCGCAAACGAGCACGCUCUCAAACGGCGCGGUCCAACAUUCAUCCUCGUCACGAACCUUCCCUUAUCAUUCGGCGGGCCUUUCGCCGUCAUCGUGUUUCUCAUUGUCUAUUCGGCCUGUCAUCAAUCGCAUUAUAGUACUAUAGAUACUAAGUGGCGAAUGGCAGACUUUGUAACGUUCCCCAACGGCGUGUUCUCAGCAACAAUCAUCUCCUCCAUCGUACAGGACAGCUCCAUCCUUCGAACCGCAGAAUGGCAACUCCUCCUCGGCAUAAUCAGUCUUCCCGGCGUAUUCAUCGGCGCCUGGCUCUGCGAUCGUAUCGGUCGUAAACAAACCAUGAUGCUCGGUUUUGGCGGGUAUCUGGUUUUCGGGCUCAUAAUAGGCUGCGCAUACGAGAAAAUUACCAAGAUCGUCCCUUUAUUCGUCAUCUUCUACGGGCUGAUGCAGAGCUCUGGCAAUCUCGGCCCAGGGGAUAUGCUCGGUCUGAUAUCAAGUGAGAACUAUGCAACUGCUGUUCGUGGCACAUGUUACGGUAUAUCAGCUGCAUGGGGCAAAGCCGGGGGCGCAAUUGGCACUCAAGCAUUCACGCCUAUCGAGAACAAUCUGGGGAAGAGAUGGACAUUCAUUGUGGCUGCGAUCUGUGGUGUGGUGGGGAUUAUCGUUACGUACUUUUUUGUGCCGAAUGUGACCGGGGAAAAUCUGAAAGAGAAUGAUGAGCGGUUUAGGGCGUAUCUUGUUGCGAAUGGAUGGGAUGGGGAAAUGGGGGAGGAUGAUUUGAAGGGUAUAGCAGAUGAAGGGAUUCCGCCUGCUAUCAUGGAUAAGUCGGGGUAA